AUGCCAGGUGUAUUAAACAUUGCAAUCGUCGGAGGUCACGGAAAUGUUUCCAUGCGGCUCGCCCGCCUUCUAAGUGCUAGAACAAACACCCAAGUUCUCUCAAUAUUCCGUAACCCUGAGCAUACCAAGGAAGUAUCGGAGACCGGGGCUUUACCACUCGUUCUCUCUCUAGAGGACGACCCCGCGGAGAAGAUUGCUGAGGCAUUCGAAAAGAAGGACAUUGUGUAUUUCUCUGCAGGCGCUGGUGGCAAAGGAGGCCCCGAAAGGACACGCAAAGUGGAUUAUGAAGGUGCAUUGAAAGUGUUCGACGCGAUUGAGCUCAUCAGAGGAGCAAAGCCGCGCCUCAUCAUGGUGUCUGCCAUUGACGUCAGGGAUCCCAACGUAAUUCCCGCGCAUUAUGAUGAAGAGGACAAAGCUAUAUCCGAGAGAAUGAGGAACGUGAUGCCCGCAUAUAUUCAGGCGAAGUAUGACGCGGACAAGAACCUCGUUCAGCGUACUGCUUUCAAUUGGACUAUUCUGCGUCCUGGGGGACUUUCAAAUGAGCCCGGCACUGGUAAGGCAUCUAUCGGCAGAACUCAUCUGAAAAAUCCUAUUUCUAGAGACGAUGUCGCGUAUACUUUAGCACUCCUUGCCGACCGUCCCGACGCGGCUAGACUCGGAAUCGACCUUGUUGGCGGUGAAGACAAGAUUGAAGAAGCGCUUGAUGCAUUCAUAAAGAAGGGGGAAUCUGACUUCUUAGGGUGAAUUGGUUGGAAGUUGAAAUAAUUUCAGAUUGUGGAAAUAAUAGAGAAGGGAAAGACGUUGAUGUACAAUGGAAGCAAUGUGAACAAU